UUUACUUUCAGAUACAUUUAUGUGAGAAAAAAGUUGUCAACAGUAGCUUUUGAUCCAUAUAGUAAGAGAAAAGGCAUAAUGAAAGAAGAACAUGGCAGAGGGUGGAAAGUGUGUAUAGCUGUAACGUGUGGAAUUUUGAUAACAAUUGUGUUGAUAGCAGUGAUCUUAGCAUUUACAUUGUUCAAACCAAAAAAACUGGUUAGCAAGGUGGAUUCGAUCGAGAUUCAAGACAUGGACAUAGGUUUCAAUGUGUUUAGUAUGAAUUUAAAUUUGAAUGUUACAUUGAAUGUGGAUGUAUCAGUUAAGAAUCCAAAUAAGUUUGGAUUGAAAUACUAUGAUGGAUUUGCUCUAUUACACUAUAGAGGACUACAAAUUGGUGAAGCUCCUAUUCCUAAUGGAGAGAUAUCUCCUGAGGAAACUAAGGGUGUGAAUGUGACACUCACUCUUAUGGCUGAUCGUUUACUCUCUAAUUCUCAGAUUUUUUCAGAUGUUACUUCAGGCAAAUUGCCACUCAACACUUUUAUGAGCAUUGCUGGUGAAGUCAACAUUUUAAGCCUUAUCAAAUUUCAUGUCAGUUCCACCUCAACUUGUGAUUUCAGUAUCAAUAUUACCAAUAAAACUAUUGAGAACCAUGUGUGCCAUUACAAGACAAAGAUUUGAUCAUACUUUCUCAGGUGUUGGAUUUCUAUGUUAGGUGAAGAAGGGAGAGUCAAAAAUGAAGAAGAGAAUUUGUGUUGUCCUUCAAAAUCAUUCAUUAGUAGGAAACGUAUCUGUUAACCUCUCCUUUUGAAAUAUCUUUCAUUCUUUCAUUCUA